AUUCCGCAAUAAAGCAAAGUUGGUAUGUAUUUUGAUUAAAUGUGGAAGAAAUGUAUUUAUAAUCAUUUAUAAAAGCGCUAAAGAGUCGCAUAACCGUCUCAAAAAAGUUAUCGCGCCUUUUAAUUAACAUUUUUUUGAGUGAGUGUGCUGAAAAACUAACAGCGAAAUGUUCGUUCAUUUAAAAUUUUUUCUUUAAUAAAAGUUCAAUACCAAUAAUACGUCAUAUAUAAAAGCAGUGGAAAUACUGUCAGCAAUUAAGCAUUGUCAUCAGCAACAAAAACAAUCGAUGGACACGGUGUGUUGUUCAACAACUAACAGCGAAAUAAUUCAGAUCCUUUGAUUGUCUAAAGUGUCACAGCCAGCAGCAGUCGUCAUGUCACUCGCAAAUGAAUUGACAACAAUAAUAUUAUUGUUGCUCACAUUUUUGUUGACACCAACAAUAACAACAACAGCAAUGGAUAGCAAAAAUGCAAUGCGACAACAACAAGCCGUGCAUCGGAAUGCUUUAGCCACACUUGUGCAACAACCGGCCAUAGUUUUGGCCUCCGCCGGCACUGAAAGUUACCUCUCUCACCCCGCCGCCGCCAAUGUACCCAGCUACGCAGCGCUGCAUCGCAGCAGUCAGCAAUACACACAAGAACAGUUCCAGCGUAGUCAUCAACAGCAGCAAUCAAGCAAUAUCAACAUGCUGGACUUCCGCGGUGCAUUCGUGGCGCCCACAGCUUCGGGUGAGCAACAGCCGGAGCUAACCACUUACCCACCGCCGACAUUUGAUUUUGGCAUGCCACGAAAUAUAACAGCGCGUUCGGGUCAAACGGCAGCGAUAAAUUGUCGGGUCGAACAUUUGGGUGAUAAAUCGGUUUCAUGGAUCCGAAAACGUGAUUUACAUAUCCUAACCGCAGGCAUUUUGACAUAUACGUCCGACGAACGAUUUCAGGUUGUACGCACCGCUGAUUUCAAGGAUUGGACGCUGCAGGUGAAGUACGCGCAGCCACGUGACAGCGGCAUCUAUGAAUGUCAAGUAAAUACGGAACCGAAGAUCUCCAUGGCUUUCCGGUUGAAUGUUAUAGUGACACCGCCGGAUGCCAAAGCAAUGAUUGUCGGACCAUCCGAUCUGUAUGUGAAGGUGGGCAGCGCCAUUACGCUCACCUGUCAUGUGAAGCAACCGUCGUCGGCGUCGGAUAUUGGUCCUAUCUAUUGGUAUCGAGCCAACUACAUGCUGACACCCUUUGUGGCGCAUCCGAAUGAGGCAGCCAUCGAUAUGCGGCGCAUAUCAAUGGAAUCGAAUUUGGGCGAAAAGCUGCAAAGCCGGUUGCGCAUAGCGAAUGCACAAACCGCCGACUCCGGCAAUUACACGUGUAUGCCGACCACAGCCGAGGCUGCCAGUGUGAUGGUGAAUGUUAUAAAUGCUGAAACGCCUGCGGCUAUGCAAAAAAGUGCCGCCACACAGUUACAGACUCGCUGCUGCAUUCUCUUGCUUUUUGGCACAUUCUCAGUGCGAUGGCUGUUGAUGUGCUCCACAUCUUCGUCAAAAUUGUCCCAACACUUUAUACCAACAAAGGCACCCAGCAGGACGCAACCAUUACCGGAAGCAAGUUGCCGAACAAACACCGUCGUGAAUAUCGAACAUCAAACUAUUUUGCAUAGAGAAAUUUGUUAUGGUUCAGUCUCAUGAUGUUGCGGCGUUGAAAUAUAAAAAAUAAAAAAAAAAUAAAAAAUUCAAAAUGUAAGGCAUCCUAAAAAGCACUAAAAAAGCUAUAAAGCUCAUAACUGUAUUCAAAAGAUUUUUAAUACUCUUAUUUAGAAUGGUAUAUGUCCUGGAAUAUACGCUAAGCUAAGCAUUUAAAUAGUCCACUACUUCGCAAUACAAAUGAGUGUUAUACUCACUGGUGUAGAUAUGUAUAAGUAAGUCUUAAAUUAUUUAAAUUUGGUAAAGUUUGUUAAAUCAAAUUUAUUUUUUAAACCAUAAUAAUUGUUUUUUUUUUUAUUUCUUUUUUGUUAUGUUCUCCCAUUAAUGCCAGUUUUAGAAAACAUUUAAUGGCAUGCUAAGUGAUGUGAGGAGAAGGUACUUAAUGGCAGCCCGAUGAGAGCAUUCUCAACAGUUUUUUUUUUACUGCACACUUUUAUUUCUAUGAGAUUUGAAGUCACCGUUAGUUCGAAAUUGUUAUGUUCUUAACAACCAUCCAUAGGAUCUUCCAAGCGUUGCUUUUCCUUUCGUAAAGUUUUGUAAACAGUUGCUAAGUGUUCGAAAAAGCUUAGCACAAAUACCAUAUACUGAGAGCGAGAUAUAAAAAGAUGAGGAUUGCACCGCGACCUUAGAUCUAUUGUGCCCCUAGGACGCUGAGAUAUAUACUUGUAUAUGCAAGUACAUAAAGCAUACGUAACGGAAGUGAAUUUUUCGGCAACAAAGUUUUGACUAUGUAGAAAAUUUUGAACUUAGUUGGUUGCAAAUAUGACAAUAUUUAUAAAGGACAUACUAUAUUUUCAACGGACUCCAUACGUAGUCUCUAAUUUUCUAGAAAACAUUAUUAAAAUCAUAAAGUAAUGAGUUCAUAUUAUUCUCGCAAUUUGCAAAUCUCAAAGGAGAGAAAACACUUGCAGGAGUCUGUCUGCCAUAUAUUAAAGUAAAGUCCAUUUCGAGGUUCCCUACUUUAAAAAAAAACACAGAAAUUUCAAAUUUAA